CGCCCCUCCUCUCCGGGAGAGCAGUUUCGGCCUGUUCCGCGGCCGCUCGGUCAUUUUCGCCUCUUUGUUUUACCCGAUAGUGGAUUUAACUCGGAUUCAGCCCAACAUCCAGCGGACCAAGCGGCUCCCGAACAGGCUUCGAUGAGAGGCUCUCCAUGAUGAGCAGCUAACACUAUUGGCCGCACAACCACAGGAAGAGACGUGGCUGCUGCACCAUCCACAGUCGACGCAUGGCGGUAUUAGGGAACCCCGACAUGCUGACGAGGAAGAUAAAGCUGUGUCACAUCAACGCCCACAUCACAUGUCGUCUGUGUGAGGGCUACCUGAUCGACGCCACCACCGUCACCGAGUGCUUACACACCUUCUGCAGAAGCUGCCUAGUGAAGUAUCUGGAGGAGAACAACACGUGCCCCACGUGUAGGAUUGUUAUUCAUCAGAGCCAUCCACUGCAGUACAUCGGCCAUGACAGAACAAUGCAAGACAUUGUCUACAAGUUGGUGCCGGGACUUCAAGAGGCGGAGAUAAAGAAGCAGAGGGAGUUCUAUCAGAAGUUGGGGAUGGAGGUUCCUGGUGACAUUAAAGGAGAGCUCUGCAACAUGAAGACUCAUCUAGAUCAGCGCAAUGGCGAUGCCAAAUCAGAGGAAACGACCAAUAAGGAGGCGGGAGAGGAGAAACCAGAGGAGGACAACGACUAUCACCGUAGCGACGAGCAGGUCAGCAUCUGUUUGGAGUGCAACAGCAGCAAACUUCGGGGGCUGAAGCGCAAGUGGAUCCGCUGUUCGGCACAAGCCACAGUCCUCCACCUCAAGAAGUUCAUCGCCAAAAAGCUUAACCUGACAUCAUUUAAUGAGCUGGACAUUUUAUGCAACGAGGAAAUCCUGGGGAAGGACCACACUUUGAAAUUUGUUGUUGUGACGAGAUGGAGAUUUAAGAAAUCCCCCCUCCUGCUCCAUUACAGACCCAAGAUGGAUCUGCUGUAGCUGCGACGGACACCACGGUUGUUUCAUUUCUGUUUGUUGGCCCGGCGGCCGCGAGGACUGUGCCGAGAAGACCUUUUUUAUUUAUGCAAAGACGAUCAAUCAACCAACACCAAGCAAACACCCGGUAUGACGGUAAAAAGUCAACACAAGCCAGCAAAUCAGGAUCGGAAGAGGAGGAGGAGGAGGAGGUGGUGAUAGGGAAGGAGGGAGGAUUGAGAAGAAAACAACAAAUAAAUAAACCUGGCGGCCUCCUGCACAGACACUGCAGCACUGGUGCGUUUUUAAAGGAACUACAACAACCAUGUUUUUUUUUGUUUAGUUUUUUUUUUUUUUUUUUUUUUUUUUU